AUGGGUUAUGCAAAUGUUCAAUAUACUAUACUCUACUAUCAAUAUCGUGAUUUAUCAUUUCAAUCUUUUCCUUUCAUGGGAUAUCCGUUACAAACUGAUUGGAUAUCAUUACCUAUUCUUCAUAGUUUUACAAAUGGCUUUUUUUCUGGAAUUUUUUGGAAUUUAUUAGAAUUCAAUGCAACAGAAAAUAUCUUGAAAAUGGCAAUUGAUUUGACUCUACCAUUAGCUCCUGUUGCUAAUGUCACAGAUACGCAUGAUGUUGGUUUUGUAAUUAUGUCAAGUUAUGGACAUGGAUAUCAUUUAUUAAAAUUUCCCGAAUACUUACAGAUCAUUAUUACUGCUGCUAUGUCAUUAUCUAGUCGAUAUUCACCUACGGUUCGAUGUACACGAUCUUGGGAUAGUAAAGAAGGUUUUUUAGUUAUUAUUGAUAAUAUGAUGAAUUUGGGAUUAUUGUUUGAAGCAAGUAAACAAACAAAUAAUCAAACAUGGUAUAAUAUGGCAUGGCAACAUGCUAAUCGAACAAUGUAUGAACAUUUUCGACCGGAUAAUAGUACAUAUCAUGUAGUUGAAUAUAAUGAAACUGAUGGAAGUGUUAUUCGAAAGUACACUGCGCAAGGUUAUGCUGAUUGGUCAACAUGGUCUCGUGGUCAAGCUUGGGCUGUACAUGGAUUUACUAUUGCUUAUCGUUAUACGAAAUAUCAACCUUUUCUAGAUAAAGCUAUUGGAGCAGCAAAUUAUUUUCUUUCUCAUCUUUCUAGUAGUACAGAUUUAAUUCCAUAUUGGGAUUUUGAUGCUCCUCAUCAUUCAACAAUUAACUAUCAACCACGAGAUACUUCAGCUGCAGCUAUUUUUGCUAGUGGUUUAGUUGAAUUAUCUCAAUAUGUCAUAGUACCUGAAACUAAAGAUUAUUUUUUGACAAGUGCGAAAUCUAUAGUAGAUCAAUUGACGAGUUCAACUUAUUUGAUAUUAGGUAAUAAGGAUUAUGUGUUACGUGCAGUCAUUGCCAAUGGAACACAAGGUCCGUAUCCAGAAAAACCUUAUGAUGUAGCUACUGUAUUUGGUGAUUAUUAUUUGACACAAACUAUCUUGCGUUUAUUUAAACUUUGA